CGCCGCGAGACGAGCGGUUAGAUUUAAGGAUGCUGUAUAUGCUUUCUCCAGCAUAACUCUGACGCGGGGCCAGACGCAGGAGGAAGGGCAACGCUGGCGAGCACCCGCCACCGCCUCUCUGGGCCAACGUCCAGUUAUUUGAGUCCAGGCGGAGGGUUCCUUCGCGUCUCUCUUCCCCCCGCGCUCCAGACAGCUCAUCGCCUUCACUCUCUCUCUCUCUCUCACUCACUCUCUGUCUCUCUCUGUCUCUGUCUGUUUCUCUCUGUCUCUCUCUACCUAUCCGAGAAGCACAGCUCGCUCGGCGUAGCAUCAACAACCGCCAGACCAGACCGGAACGCGCAACGAACAAACAAAGCCGCCAUGAAAUCCAUCGCCUUCUUCGCGGCGCCUCUGCUCGCAGCCGCCACGGCAGCAACGCCAGACAGCGCCACGACGCCGACGGGGGCCGCGAGCGGCGCCCCGUGCGCGGCGCAGAGCGCCCUCGAGGCGUGCCUGGCCGGCACCGGGAACGAACUGAGACUGUGCCAGGCGAGCGACUACCCGUGCCUGUGCGGCAAGUACACCCCCAUCAUGACCUGCUUCAACCGCUGCCCCGACGACAGCCGCAUCGCGAGCUACCAGCAGCGGAAGGACCUGUACUGCAACGCCGGCUUUUACACGAACAACCUCACGGCGACCCGGAGCCGGAGCCGGAGCUCAGCGCCGUCAACGAAGUCUUCCAAAACGAAGACCUCCGCUGGCGACGGCCAGGCCCAUACCACGCCCACGCCCACCGUGCCGGCCGCCAGCACCACCGACGACGACGCCCCCGGCCCCUCGAGCAGCAACGGCGCCAGCGGCCCCGAGGCGGCUGCCGGGCUGCUGGUGCUCGCGGCGGCAGUGGCGGCGCUGUAG